CGGCGCGCGCGGGGGGGGGGGCGUGAUGUCAGCGCCCGCCCCUCCCCCUCCCCCUCCCCCGCUUCCUCGGUCGGGCAGCCUCGGCGGGAGCGCGGCGGGGCUCGGUGGACGCUCGGGCCGCCCGGGAGCGCCGCAUGCGGGGCAGGCAGAGCCGAGCAUGGCCGUCCUCAAGCUGGCCGAGCAGCCACUCCUGGUCCAAGCAAUUUUCAACGGGGAUCCGGAUGAGAUCCGGAUGUUAAUCUACAAAACAGAAGAUGUUAAUGCUUUGGAUACCGAGAAGCGGACCCCUCUCCACGUUGCAGCUUUCUUGGGGGAUGCAGAGAUCAUCGAGCUGCUCAUCUUGUCAGUACAUGGAAAAGCAAAGACCGUUAUGACCGUGGAAUUUUGGAGCAUUAAGAUCCCUGUGAGUGACACAAACCAAAGAAUGUCUUUAGGAUGUCUCCAGCUGUGA